UUAAGAAUUUUUUUAUAAACUUGAACCUGAAAGCCAGCUACUACGGUAAUAUAUCAUGGCAGCAACUUCCAUUUCCAUGGCCUCUACAAAAUUCUCGUCGUUGAGAUGGACUGGAGGGAAAAAAGAACAAACAAAGAGAAGGGUUUUUUCUAUCUCAGCUGAGCAGCAAGCUGAAGUAAAAGAAUCACAGCAAGUGAAGAAAGAAGAAAAGGUGAAGCCAAAGCAGACACCGUUGAGACCUGUGGAACCUCAAACCAAUGUGCAGAGUAGAAACAUGAGCAGAGAGUUUGGAGGACAAUGGUUGUGUAGCGUGACGCGACAUGUCAGGAUUUAUGCUGCAUACAUUGAUCCUGAGACCUGGGAGUUUGAUCAAACCCAGAUGGAUAAACUCACCCUCAUGUUGGAUCCCACCAAAGAGUUUUUAUGGACCGACGAGAGUGUCAACAAGGUUUUUGUGUGCUUCCAGGAGCUUGUGGAUCACUAUGAGGGUGCCCCAUUGACAGAAUACACUCUCCGGCUAAUCGGAUCUGACUUAGAACACUACAUCAGAAAACUGCUAUAUGAUGGAGAAAUUAAAUACAACAUGGAUGCAAGGGUACUAAACUUCAGCAUGGGGAAGCCACGCAUUAUGUUCAACAACAACGAGAUUCCUCAAGAUUUGCAGUGACAGAUUAAAGUUCAUAUAAAAUGGGUACUAAAAAGGCAGGCUAAUGUAGCUGGAUGUCAAAUGAAAUUGGAAAAUUGUUCAAGAGUUUCUGGAAAUGGCAUGUGCCCAUCAAGUUAUCACAACAAUAUAUUAUGUACAGAGGAUUCACAAUCCGAGCUUACUUGUUAUGCACAUUGUUGUAGUUGUCAAUAUCAUUAUACAUGGUGUUAUAUCA